GACUGCCAUUUGUCCCAUUUAUCGUCCUGAGCUGCGCUCUACUGGACGGGGGCGCCCCGUCACCUGACGAAGCUGCAGCAGGAGCUGAGACAGGAUUGGCAGUAGAGGCUGGGGCCGGAUUACCGAUCCCUCCGGACGCUAAUGCGGCCGCCGGAACUGCAUCUACUGUUCCUGUUGCUGCAGAACCUGGCGAGGCUGCUGGGGAGGGCAUGGGAGCAGGUUGA